GUCCAGGUGGUGGCGCUAACGCGUCCAGUAGCUGCUUCUCCAACCGCCAGUAAACAUUGGAGAAGAACAAGACGCUGCUCGUCUGAGCCGCUUUAGCCCCUCGAGUUAUAAAAAUAAAAACGCGUUAUUGUGUCUGGCUCUGAGGAUUUAAAACCCUGAGGUUUUCUUUGAUUGAUUGAAGGUUUUGAUCAUCAUCUUCGAGAUUCAUCGCCCUCAACUCCUCACCCUCAGGACUCCUGGAGCACAGGAUGCCGAGGAAGGGAAGGAGGUCCGAGGCAGCGAGGCGCCGAUGGAGGAAGCGCAACCUGGAGGAGCCAACUCCAGUCACUUCCCCCCCGAAGACGGUCCAGACGGUGUCCACCCCACUGGACGCAGGGUCCAGGACCAGGGAGACCCACCCCCCCUGCUCUCGAGCUCCAGUCAGCAACGUGGUUGGAUCUUCACCCCCAGCCCAGCCUUUCGGGAGCCUGGGUGAUGUGUGUCCCGAAGUUCGUGCACGCCGCGGUACCGGGUUCCGCCAUCGGGUGUGGAGGUGGCCAAUUUCGAAGCUCACUGGACGGAGCCACAAGUUGGUCAUCCCACCGGAGUCUCCUGACAAGAAGUUCAUUCUGAUUGUCGGGGACUCCCACCUCCGGUCCAUCGCAGAUGGUUUCACCGUGAUGCCAGAAGGAAAGUUUUCUUUUGGUGUCCUGUCGACCUAUGGGGCCCACGCCGCUCAGCUGCGGACUGAGGUCCUACAUGCUAAUGUUCCUCGGUCCCCUGACGCCGUUUGUGUUCUCGCCCCUAGCAACAACCUGACCGCGAGCAGGACCAUCGACGAGGCAGCCGUCGAUUACGCAAGUUUCCUCACUGCUGUGAGGAGCCGCUGGCCGGAGGUCUUUGUGCUGGAUUUCCCCCCCCGUCUGCAGGAGGAUGAGACAUACCAGGUCCUCCUUCGUCAAGAGUACCACCGCGUGACGGCUCGUAUGGGUGUGAGGUACGUCUCUGUGGCGGAGCACUUCCCCCUUACGCGCUUGGAUCUGUGGAGCAGAGACGGCAUUCACCUGAGCGAUCGUGAGGGGAUGGGCAUCCUUACCCAGCUGCUGUGGACCGCCACGGAGCAGUUCCUGGAGACACCACCACCUCCCCCGGUUUCUCCUAAGCUGGUUGUGAAGAGAGAGGUACGUGCUCCUCUGUCUCCUGACCCCUUCCAGUGGAAGGUCGUUGGUCAGAGCAGCAAGUUGCAGGUUCCUGGUCAGGCCAGCUUGGCUCAGCAGCAAGAGGAGUCCUUCCUCCCACUGAACCCAAUGUGGUUCAGUAGCAUGAUCCUUCGUGCUAUGGAGGAGGUGUCUCCUUCUCAGCUGUCUGGUGUGGAGGACUGCAAGUCUCCUCCAGCACGCAAGAAGGUGGCCUCCCCAGCGGCAGCCAGGCGUCGUAGGACCGCGGAGAGAUGCCCCCCCCACCGCCAGUCUCCUGUGAACAACCUGGUUGGAUCCCCUCCAGCCAGGCUGUCACAGAGACUGCAGGACGACGCCCCCUCCAGCCCGGUUCCACGGUCCAGGACCACGGAUGGACCAGCCCCCCACACCCAAACUUCAGUGACCAACCUGUGUGAGGACAUGAAAACAGAGACAUCCAUGGAUGGAGAGACUUCAGAAGCCUGUGUGAAGAAAGAGGAGACGCUGGAGCUGAAUAUCUACAGCUAUGGAGACGAUCUCGACAACCCACCUGAAGGUCUCUCCGUUAAAGUGGAAGAUCCUGAUGAUAAAGACUAUCUCUACUGUGAAGUUUGCAAAUCCUUCUUCCUCAACAAAUGCAAGGUUCAUGGACCACCCCUCUUCAUCCCCGAUACUCCUGUUCCCAUGGGAGUCCCUGACCGAGCCAGACAAACACUUCCUCCUGGGCUAGAAAUCCAGAAGUCCAGUAUUCCUGAUGCAGGCCUGGGAGUGUUUAAUAAGGGGGAGACUGUUCCAGUAGGUGCACACUUCGGCCCCUGCCAGGGAGAGCCGGUGAACAGAGAAGAAGCCAAGAACAGUGGAGACUCCUCGGUUGUAUACAGGAGCAUGCAGUGUGAAGAAUACAUCAAUGCCAAAAGAGAGAUGCAUGUGAAUUGGAUGAGGUAUGUGAAUUGUGCCCGUAAUGAAGAAGAACAAAAUCUUGUGGCAUUUGAGUAUCAAGGGGGAAUUCUGUAUCGUUGCUGUCGAUCCAUUAACCCAGGACAGGAGCUCUUGGUGUGGUAUGAAGAGGAGUACACCAGAGAACUCAGUCCUGCACCUACAGGAACAACCAGACAGCAAGAAGUAAAGAACGCUCUGCUGCAAGUCUUUUCAUGCUCCACAUGCCCUCGUUCCGAUGCAUCUCCAAUUUACCUCGACAAGCACAUCCAGAGAUGCCACUAUGAAGAGUACGUGAGACUGCGAGAAUCAGGAGAGAUUAAAUAUAAGCUUCAGAUCCCCUCCAAAUGCUCCAGUCGUCAACCAACAUCAACUGAUGAUAUCCAUUCUGAUACUUCCCAUAAUGAUAUACAGAAGGAAAUUCACCACUGCUCAGAUUGUGGAAAGAGUUUUAGUUAUCAGAAUGCACUCAAGACACACCAGUGCAGUCACACAGGAGGAGAUCCACAUCACUGCUCACAGCGUGGUAGCAAUUUUACUUACCAGAGUGCUCUCAAAACACAACAGCGCGUUCACACAGGAGAGAAGCCGUAUCACUGCUCACAGUGUGGGAAGAGUUUUACUCGUCAGAGUAAUCUCCAACGACACCAGCACAUUCACACAGGAGAGAAGCCGCAUCACUGCUCACAGUGUGGGAAGAGUUUUACUGAAAAGAGUAAUCUCCGACAACACCAGCGCAUUCACACAGGAGAGAAGCCAUAUCACUGCUCACAGUGUGGGAAGAGUUUUACUGAACAGAGUAAUCUCCGACAACACCAGCACAUUCACACAGGAGAGAAGCCGUAUCACUGCUCACAGUGUGGGAAGAGUUUUACUUAUCUGCGGACUCUCCAACGACACCAACGCAUUCACACAGGAGAGAAGCCAUAUCACUGCUCACAGUGUGGGAAGAGUUUUACUUGGCAGAGUGAUCUCCAACGACACCAGCACAUUCACACAGGAGAGAAGCCGUAUCACUGCUCACAGUGUGGGAAGAGUUUUACUAAACAGUGUACUCUCCGACAACACCAGCACAUUCACACAGGAGAGAAGCCGUAUCACUGCUCACAGUGUGGGAAGAGUUUUACUUGGCAGAGUGAUCUCCAACGACACCAGCACAUUCACACAGGAGAGAAGCCGUUUCACUGCUCACAGUGUGGGAAGAGUUUUACUAAACAGUGUACUCUCCGACAACACCAGCACAUUCACACAGGAGAGAAGCCGUAUCACUGCUCACAGUGUGGGAAGAGUUUUACUUGGCAGAGUGAUCUCCAACGACACCAGCACAUUCACACAGGAGAGAAGCUGUAUCACUGCUCACAGUGUGGGAAGAGUUUUACUUGGCAGAGUGCUCUCCAACGACACCAGCGCCUUCACACAGGAGAGAAGCCGUAUCACUGCUCACAGUGUGGGAAGAGUUUUACUUGGCAGAGUGCUCUCCGACAACACCAGCACAUUCACACAGGAGAGAAGCCGUAUCACUGCUCACAGUGUGGGAAGAGUUUUACUUGGCAGAGUGCUCUCCAACGACACCAGCACAUUCACACAGGAGAGAAGCCGUAUCACUGCUCACAGUGUGGGAAGAGUUUUACUUGGCAGAGUGCUCUCCGACAACACCAGCACAUUCACACAGGAGAGAAGCCGUAUCACUGCUCACAGUGUGGGAAGAGUUUUACUCAACAGAGUGAUCUCCGACUACACCAGCGCAUUCACACAGGAGAGAAGCCGCAUCACUGCUCACAGUGUGGGAAGAGUUUUACUCAGCAGAGUAAUCUCCAAACACACCAGCGCAUUCACACAGGAGAGAAGCCGUUUUACUGCUCACAGUGUGGGAAGAGUUUUACUCAGCAGAGUACUCUCCAACGACACCAACGCAUUCACACAGGAGAGAAGCCGUAUCACUGCUCACAGUGUGGGAAGAGUUUUACUCGUCAGAGUCAUCUCCAACAACACCAGCACAUUCACACAGGAUAGAAGCCGUAUCACUGCUCACAGUGUGGGAAGAUGUUUGCUUGUUUAGUUCCAUUCAAGACCUUCAAGUGCACUAACUCAGAGACACUGCAUGAUUUAAAGUUGUCAAAUUAAAUAUGGUUAUUACAGUUUUGACUGAAAAUGACCUGUACUUUGAACUUUAUUGUUCAUGUUACACUGGUCAACAAUUUUUCAGAAGUUGUCUGCUUCAGAGAUGAAGUUGGCUAUUAUGAAAUUUGGUGUGUUGAAUUAGAAGUGACGGUUAAUCAGCUGAUUGGCUAUGGCUUCCAAGAUAUUUAAGAUUUAAAAUUUUAUACUUGCGUACAUUGUGUAGAUCGUAAUGUUUUAAAUAUGAAUUGUAAAACUAGGUCUCGUGUUUAUGGUCGGUUUACAUAUUUCACCUGUUCUCUUUAUGUAACACUAGAAAAUCAGCCAAAAGUUUAUAUAAAUAAAAUGUAUUAUGAACAAAAUUGCAAAAACCAAUUAUGUGUAAGUACUGAAUAGGUUUAGUCCUUAUUCUGUGUGUAUGCAGUGGGUUUUUAUUUAUUUAUUGGCAGCUUGUCUCUUGUGUUCAUGAAACGGAGCAUCUCUUGUCAAGCAAAGACUUGAUCUCGAGUGCAUAGCACUGUAUGAAUUUUUUUUUUUUUGAGCUGAUAUAAGACCAGUUUGUUCAGCAGAGUGAUGUCAGUUGACUUAUGAAUGCAUCAUCAAUGACUUCUAGGAAUAACCUAAUGUCAUGUAUGAUGCAAUACCGGCUUCAGAUUGCAUCAUUCAUUGUUUUGCCAAAAAAGUAAGUACUAUCCAAACCCACUCAUAGAUUUAUUCAUAGAGCCAAUCUUGAAAACGAGCCAAUGAACAAUUUUAAGUUUCUUUUUCGUUCUCAGCGAUCCAGAACUAGUAAAGUUUGACUAUAUUUCAGAAGCAUUUUGGCUGUAGACCAGUGUUCUAUGACUGUUUUAAAAUAUGUAACCUUAUAGUGAUGUUUAAAAUGAGACUGUUAAUGUUUUCUUUUGCUCUUUAGUCAUUAAUUGCCACCAUACAAAUAAUGAUUUAACUGUAACACUUAUCGGUGUAGUACUGCAGCCUGAGACUAAUUGUUCAUGUAAUUAUUACUGAUCAGGAUUUUAAUGUUUAAUGGAAAUGUCGAUCAAACCAAAUGAGUACGGAGCACUUAAAUGAAGCUCAUCUAAAGCCUCGGUCACAACCGGCCGUACAUGCUCCUACGGCCGGUCUACGUGCAAAAGACGCAAAGAAACGCACGGAGGGCACGCGUGUGACGUUGUUUGGGUUCACCCAGAAAGAGACCCCGAGAUUCCUUCGUGAGUCCCCUCGGAUCCGGGACGAGAAUGAUCAGGUCGAGAGAAACAGACAAGGAACCAGAGGUUUCACAUGCCGGUUUAUUCGCACAGUCACUUCGUCAAAGAUGAAAGAUUACAAACACCUUUUAUAACAAAUCAUAAUCUCUCCAAACGGCUAUUGUGUCUGUCAAAUGUGUGUGUGUUUGUAUGUGACCUCAGAGAGGGGUGUGUGUGUCUCUAUGGGAGGGUGAGUGAGUGACAUCAUCUUGAUAUCUGUGUCUAUGUGCAAGGUCAGCAAAUCACAUCUUAAUUCCAUAUGUAUGUGUGUGAAUGAAACCUUCAAUCAUAAGCAAAAUAAUAUUUCAGCAAUUCAGCAAUUUCAUUUACGCACGUCAAAGCGCGUGAUGUUUUUACGACAAUGUUUUAAACAAAGACUAUGUUUGGUCUAACAAAGAAGUGUUCUUCUCCACUGGACGAAGGUCAGGCUACAGGAACAGUUUAAAAUCGCUGCCAUAGUAUAUGCAAUAGUCCAAAAUAAUAAAGGAUCUUAAAAAGCUCUAAAAUAUACUAUAAGUAAUAUAUACUAUAAUAUAUACUAUAAUACUAUAACUGUACUAUAAAAAUAUGAGUCUUAACUCUUUGUUCAGCAAUAAGGCUACCAUUACAUCCAACAUUAAAGUGUGUGUGUGGGUCGAUCUGACACUAAAACAGACCUUGGUGGGUCCUUCAGACACUUCUCUGUUCAAAAUACACAUUUCAUAAACAAAAUGUUCCCAAACAAUGUCCAGCCGAGACAGAAGGUCAUUUUUAAUUGAACCUUAAGUUAACUCUUAAUUUUGUCACCAUUUUAAUAAUAAUACUUAUACGAAUAAUAAGAAUAAUACUUAUAUAAACCUAACAGACGUGCUGAUUUUCGAGCCGCAGACUGGCCGUAGAGGUUCUUUGUCAUGUCAAACAAACUCUACGGGCGCUUACGUUUUUUUCAGGUUGCAAGACAAACUUACGGCCUCGUGUGUCUUCCAUACGGCCGACGUGCGUCUUUCGUACGAUUUGCUGGUGUCAGGUUUGGGCAAAAUGUCAGUUUUUUUUCGUACGUCGCACUUGCGGACUCCGUAUGUGUGUCGUGCAUACGUACAUACAUACGUAAUUAGUGUGGCCAACGCACGUUCAGAUAUUUCGUAUGUCAUCCAUGCGUGUCAAGUAAGUCGGCCGUGCAUUGGCCGUACGGCGAGAGGGCGGCAAUCGCACGAAAACUCGGGUCAGCCUCUAGCUGUGUGGGGAUCUUAUUUUUAUUUUUGCUGUGAUGGGUUGCUGUGAUUUUGGUGUGUUCACAUAAUUGGUUGAUUGCUGUGAUUUCACUGUGCUGCUAAUUGACUGCUACCCACACUGAUCUUGUAUUUGCGGCUCUCUAAUUGCUUAGAUGGAUCAGCUGUUUGGACAAUUAUUACCUGACCUACUGAAGCACUUGAAAGACGAAGGGGUGGGGUAUAAAAAGGGGACCUUUUCAGUAUUAAGGAGGAGUUCAACAGGGCGUGAAAUCGUUAAGAGGUGCCCGUGGACGGUGUGAGGCCGGUAACAGCCCCCGCCCCGCCGGGGACGCAGACUUCUCGGAGUUGGGUUGUUUGGGAAUGCAGCCCAAAGAGGGGAUCGGACGCCGCAGCAGAUGCGUAGUUACCAGUGGAAGAUCAGCAGGCAGAUUGAAGGAAGGAACAAACGGACGAACGAAGGAAGGAAUGAAUGAACGAACGAAUGAAUAUACAAAGUUUUUCUCUGCCUGCGCUGUGCUGUUUCCCUGAUUUGCUGCCUUCUUUUGAGGUGCGUCGGCUGCGGACUUAGGAUAUCGUGACCUAGCCAAUGGGAAUAUGGAGUCAACUGUACUUAAUUCAACGCUCGCUAACGACAGGGUAAAGGGACGUAAGACUUCUCCUUCCCUGCUGUUUUUGCCUUGUUGUGUACAUCGGCAUUGUUUGAUGCUUUCUCUUUUAUUGCCCGAGGUGUGCGCUGACUCCGGGCGAGCCAUAGACGUUUUUGGGAAUCCCCCGCUGCUACCUGGACGCUGGAGCUGUGAUGUCACGCGCAGGGCUUCCCCGCGCAUUAGGCUUCCCCACGAUUUCAGCGCUUCUGGGACUGGGAUUCCUCUUUGCACGGACUGCGCACUGCUGAGACGGGACAAUUUUCUUUUUCUUUUCUUUCUUUGUAGCUUGGUGCUAUUUUUAAAGGAUAAUUUAGUUAUCUAUUUACUAAAUAAAGCAUACAUUUUUUUUAA